AUCGCGGAAGGAUGAUAGGUUGAGUUGCCACGAGGCCCACAACAGACGAUCUAGAGUCCAGGGGCCCAUUACAAGACGAGAGGCUGGCGGGAAAGGGUUAAACCCUACCUCGGAGAGAGAAAGAGUCUGCUAAGCCUGGAACGAGUUACCGCUCGAAUUCAGAGAAUAAUUCUUCAAUUCUCUAUCCAAAUGGGCAUAAAGGGUUUAACGAAGCUCUUGGCUGACAAUUCUCCAAAGGCCAUGAAAGAGCAGAAAUUUGAAAGUUAUUUUGGCCGAAAAAUCGCAAUCGAUGCCAGCAUGAGCAUCUACCAAUUCCUUAUUGUCGUGGGAAGAACUGGGACUGAAAUGCUUACAAAUGAGGCUGGCGAAGUUACCAGUCAUUUGCAAGGGAUGUUUACUCGGACAAUUAGGCUUUUGGAAGCUGGAAUUAAGCCGCUAUAUGUUUUUGAUGGACAACCUCCAGACUUGAAAAAACAAGAACUUGCAAAACGUUACUCAAAAAGAGUAGAUGCGACAGAGGACUUGAAUGAGGCCUUAGAGACUGGCAAUAAGGAAGAGAUUGAAAAAUUUAGCAAACGAACAGUGAAGGUAACCAGGCAACACAAUGAGGACUGCAAAAAGCUUCUAAGACUCAUGGGAGUGCCUGUAAUAGAGGCUCCUUCUGAAGCAGAGGCUCAGUGUGCUGCUCUUUGUAAAUCAGGAGAGGUUUAUGCUGUGGCCUCUGAAGACAUGGAUUCCCUGACUUUUGGGGCUCCUAGAUUUCUUCGCCAUCUGAUGGAUCCUAGCUCAAAAAAGAUUCCAGUUAUGGAAUUUGAAGUUUCAAAGGUUUUGGAGGAGCUGAGCCUUUCAAUGGAUCAAUUCAUUGACUUGUGCAUCCUUUCUGGGUGUGAUUAUUGUGACAGCAUUCGAGGAAUUGGGGGCCUGACUGCUUUGAAGCUCAUCCGCCAACAUGGUUCAAUAGAGAAUAUACUGGAGAACAUAAACAAAGAGAGGUACCAGAUACCUGAUGAUUGGCCAUAUCAACAGGCCCGCCACCUUUUCAAGGAACCAUUAGUUUUUUCUGGUGAUGAGCAACUCGAGAUUAAGUGGAAUGCUCCGGAUGAAGAAGGGCUGAUAAACUUUCUUGUGAACGAAAAUGGAUUCAACGGUGACAGAAUUACAAAGGCUAUAGAAAAAAUCAAAGCAGCCAAGAACAAGUCAUCACAGGGCCGAUUAGAGUCUUUCUUUAAGCCAGUUGUUAGCACUUCUGUGCCAGUUAAACGUAAGGAAACAUCUGAGAAGGCUGAUAAGGAAAAUACUAUCAAAAAGUCAAAGGCUGGUGGUGGUAAGAAGAAGAAGUAGCUGAUUUGGGAUUAAAGCCUUAACAUGAAGUGAUUGGAUGAAUGGUUAUUGUUCAGAUUGUUGUGGAUAUUGGCUCAUCUUUGUAGCAAGGAGCGUCGUCGAACUUGUCCUUGCAUAUGUCUCAAGUAUCGUUGUUAAUCUUGCAAUCUUGAUAGAGGUUUGUAGUUCCCAGAUCUUGUGAAAAAAGUGGCAUGCACGACUCGAGGAAGCCUUUUGAUUGUAUGGCCUUAACCAGACAUCCAGUUGGUGAUAUUGAAGUUUUUGAGUUUCUAUUUAUGUACCCGGGAGAAACUGCUGUUGUUCUAGGACUUGGACACUCAUGUCUAUUAGUUAAGC